ACCGCCGUCAAGUCCGCACCAAGUGUACAAAACUGGACCUCAGAGAACCAGAGAAAACACUCCAAUAAGCACGGCGCGUUACCGAGAACAGAAAACUACCAAGGGAAGGGGGAGUGGAGAAUUCGGAGGGCGAACGACCGGUGGAGAUACCCAACAAAUACCGAGCUGACGAUGAGUCGCAGCAUCGUACGACAGAGUAAGUUCCGGCACGUCUUCGGACAGGCGGGGAAGACGGAGCAGGGCUAUGAUGACAUACGCGUUUCCAAGGUGACGUGGGACAGCUCGUUCUGUGCCGUCAACCCAAAGUUCCUGGCCGUCAUUGUGGAGUCCAGUGGGGGCGGAGCCUUCCUCGUUCUGCCCCUCGCUAAGAUGGGUCGUCUGGAUAAGAAUCACCCGUUGGUGACUGGCCACACUGGGCCCGUCCUGGACAUCGACUGGUGCCCUCACAACGACAACAUCCUGGCAUCGUGCUCAGAGGACACCACCGCCAUGGUGUGGCAGAUCCCUGACCAGAUGGGGACCCGGCCCAUAUCAGAGCCCAUCGUGGUCCUGGAGGGACACUCCAAACGCGUCGGCAUUGUCACCUGGCACCCCACCGCACGCAAUAUACUACUCACUGCAGGCAGUGAUAACCUGAUAAUAAUCUGGAACGUGGGAACUGGCGAGGCCCUCAUCUCCAUGGACGACCACCCAGACCUCAUCUACAACGUCAGCUGGAACCGUAACGGCAGCCUGUUCUGCACCACCUGUAAAGACCGACGCCUCCGUGUGUGUGACCCCCGCAAGAGAGAGGUGGUCGCGGAGAGGAUGGCUCCACACGACGGGAUCCGACCGAUGAGGGCCAUCUUUACCAGAGACGGAAACCUGUUCACUACCGGCUUCACCAGGAUGAGUCAGAGAGAGCUGGGCUUGUGGGACCCGACAAGUUUUGAGGAGCCUAUUGCACUGCUGGAGUUGGACACAAGUAACGGUGUGUUGUUACCUUACUACGACCCAGACACCAACAUGGUUUACCUCUGUGGAAAGGGGGACAGUAGUAUCCGGUACUUUGAGAUAACAGAGGAGCCUCCCUAUGUCCACUACCUCAGUACCUUCAGCAGCAAGGAGCCUCAGAGGGGGAUGGGCUUCAUGCCUAAGAGAGGGGUGGACGUCAGCAAGUGUGAGAUCGCCAGGUUAUAUAAGCUUCAUGACAAGAAGUGUGAGCCCAUCGCCAUGACAGUACCUAGAAAGUCAGACCUGUUUCAGGAUGACCUGUACCCAGACACAGCGGGUUCAGACCCGGCUCUGGAGCCAGAGGAGUGGCUGGAGGGGCGAGACGAGGACCCCAUCCUCCAGUCCUUGAGAGAUGGCUACGUUCCCCCUAAGAGCCGCGAACUCAAAGUGGCCAAGAAGAACGUUCUGGACUCCAGACCCACCACCAGACGCAGCAUGUCCUCCUGCGACGGCUCAGCCAACCUGCCUCCUCAGUUGGUAGAGCGGUUGUUGGAAGAAGUUCAGAAUCUCAAGGCAACUGUUCUGUCUCAGGAGAAGAGAAUCUGUGACAUGGAGAAUAAACUCUCCAAGUACACCAACGGCACAGCCUAAUACACACACACACACACACAUACACCACGACAACACUCUGUAACAGCCCACACACACAAUUCCACUAUCCACAUAUACCGCCACACCCCCACACCCCUUACAUACACAGCCAGGCCAACAUUCAAUCAAAGCUGUUGGCAACAAGCACAUUGCACUUGACUUUUAAAGGUAAUUUACGAUUGAGCUGAAAUCCGCGGGUCUAUACCAUGAAUGUGAUCUCCGUGAACAACUGUGAAAUUGUCUUUUAAAAGGCGCAUUGUCGUCCGUGCAGUUCGCAGCUCUGCAACCUGCCUUUGAAUAAAUUCCAUAGCAACCCCCAAAACCCAUUACUUCAAACACAUAUAACCCCCACCCCCCAAACACACACACACACACACACACACACACACACACACACACACACACACACACACACACACACACACACACACACACACACACACACACACACACACACACACACACACACACACACACACACACACACAUGCACUCACAAACACACACACACAACCAAUGCUCAGUACCUAGAGAGAGAAAGAGAUGGAAUUUUGAAAACCUAGUUGUGAGUUUGUAUUAACUUACAGUUCUAAAUAUUCUUACAGGUCUGAUUGAAGGAGUUCCUGUGGAUAGGUUUUACCGAAAGAUCUCUCUCUCUAGGUGCGUCUGGAAAUUGGAUCGCACACACACACUCAUAGACUACGCACACACACACACGCGCACACACGCAUACAUAGACUACACACACACACACACACUCAUAGACUACACACACACACGCACGCACACACACACACACACACACACACACACACACACACACACACACACACACACACACACACACACACACACACACACACGCGCAUACAUGCAUACAUAGACUACACACACACACACACAUAGACUACACACACACACACACACACACACACACACACACACACACACACACACACACACACACACACACACACACACACACACACACACACACACACGCGCACACACGCAUACAUAGACUACACACACACACACUCAUAGACUACACACACACACGCACACGCACGCACGCACACACACACACACACACACACACACACACACACACACACACACACACACACACACACACGCGCACACACGCAUACAUAGACUACACACACACACACUCAUAGCCUACACACACACACACACGCACGCACACACACACACACACACACACACGCACACACACACACACACACACACACACACACACACACACACGCAUAGACUACACACACACACACACUCAUAGACUACAAACACAAACACACACACACUACAUUAAAGACAUUUUAUGAGCCCAAGCCCAAAAAAGGCCAAAUGAUUGUGUCGUUAUCCAAUACAAACAGUAUCAUACGCUACACACACACUGACCCAUCCCUAUCCAUCCAUCACCGACCAACACUCAGUAAUAACCAUACCUGGAUCUCAGUCAACCUUCUCAAAAUGUAAAUAGUGCGAUAAAGCAAAAAAGGUGGGAGGGAAAAAACGUUUUAAAAAAUACCCACAUUUGUGGAAAAAAAAUCUAAUCUAAGAAGACUUUAGUGUGUUCUGUAAAUGCUUAUACAUGAGACACGUGAUGACAUCAAUUAAAACAAUCUUUUUUUUUUAAACUGGGUGGACUAACCUUUUCCUUGUCUUGUGUCAUGGAGCUGCUUUUAUUUUUUAUGUCAUGUUUUCCCGGGGUUUUACAAAUGUUCCAUCCUGAGAAUAAAUCACUCUUUUUCCUGUGUAA